AUGGACGACCUUCAGAGAGUCGUGCGCUUAGCUGAGCGCAUCUCUGGGUCUUCUCUCCCACCCUUACAAGACAUUUACCUCAAACGCUGCAAGAGCAGAGCCAACAAAAUCAUUAAAGACUACAACCAUCCACAUAACUGUCUCUUCAACUUGCUGCCAUCUGGGUGUGUGAAGGGCUCGUCGGACAGUCGUUCCCCUCGUCUGGCGCUAGAGAAGAGUCUCGGCUGGCCGUCCAAACACACACAGUGCCUCCACAUGCUGAAACACCUGCAUAACGGCGCCCGCAUCACGGUCCAGAUGCCGCCCAACAUCGAGGGCCACUGGGUGUCCACCGGCUGUGAGGUUCGGCCCGGUCCAGAGUUUCUCACUCGCUCGUACCGCUUCUUUCACAACAACACCUUCCAGGCUCACCAGUUCUACUACGCCGACAACCACUGCACCGACCCGACAUACACACUCCUCAUCCGGGGCCGACUGCGACUCCGACAGGCGUCCUGGAUCGUACGGGGCGGGACCGAGGCCGACUACCAGAUCCACCGCACACAGGUGGUGUGUCACUCGGCGUCGGUGGCUGAAGAUCUCGGUCAGAAACUGAACCGCACCUGCAGAGGCUCCUCGAUGGACCCCGGAUCCUGGGAGCCUCACGUGAGUUACGAUCUGUGGAGCAACGAGAGCGUCUGCGACUGCGACUGGUACCGAGGCCUGAACUUCUCCAUGCAUGAGCUUCAGCUGCUGAGGCUGGAGAAACAGUACCUGCACCACAACCUGGAUCACCUGGUGGAGGAGCUGUACCUGGGAGACGUUCACACCGAACCCGCGCAGAGGAUUUACUACAGACCCUCCAGCUAUCAGCCCGCGCUGCAGAACGCCAAGAACCACGAUCUCAGCUGUGUCUCGUGUGGUAUCGUGUCUCUCUCGGACUCCUUCCACCCGCCGGUUCUCCCGCACGGACCCGAGCUCACGGUGAGCCUCCACGGGCACUGGGUGUCUCGGCGCUGCGAGGUCCGGCCCGAGGUUCUGUUCCUCACACGACACUUCAUCUUCCACGACAACAACAACACGUGGGAGGGCCGAUACUACCACUAUUCUGACCCGGUCUGCAAACACCCCGCGUUCAGCAUCUACGCUAGCGGACGGUACAGUCGCGGGGUUCGGUCCACACGCGUCAUGGGCGGCACCGAGUUCGUGUUCAGAGUGAACCACAUGCGUGUGAUGCCGAUGGAUCUCGCGACCACAUCUCUGCUGAACGUCUUCGAGGGGAACGAGUGUGGCGUUCAGGGCUCGUGGCGUGUGGGCGUGGAGCAGGACGUCACUCCGACCAAUGGCUGCGUGGCGUUGGGGCUCCGCCUCCCGCACACGGAGUACGAGCUGUUCCGCGCGGAGACGGACGCCCAGGGGCGAAACCUGCUCUACAACGGCCAGCGGCCCAGCGACGGCUCCAGCCCGGACCGGCCCGAGAGGAGAGCCACGUCCUAUCAGAUGCCUUUACUCCAGUGCAGGUCAGAGGUCAUCGCCGAGGGGCCGCAGCGACUCAGCAACCGUUGCCGGGGCGGUUACCAUGGCGAUCUAGCGACAACGGUGGCGGUGUUGAGUUUAUUCGUGUUUAUGUUUGCAGACAAAUAAGUGCAUUUUCAUGCCAGUUGCCGGGGCGGUUGCCA